AUGAUGGAAUUAGAAGAAUAUCUGUAUGAAAAUAAGCAAAUAUCUGAGUUUUGUUAAAGUAGCUAUCAACAUUUUUAUUUAGAAAAUGAAAAUCAGAGAAAAUAUAGUUAGUAAUAAAUUCAAAUAGAAAAUUUUUCUCUGAGCGAGUAAGCAAUAGAUGAAGAAUAGGAAGACCAAAAAAACAUUACAUCUUAGUAAAUGAAAAAAAUAUAUUAAAAUUCCAAAGAAAGAAAAUAUCUAAAAUUAGCAAAUGUUGUCCCAUACUAAAUAAAAAAUGAACAAGAAAUGAAAUUAAAAUUUGGGCUAUCAAUAACCAAAGAAGGUUGUCUUAAAUUUGCUUAUCAAACAGGAAAUAUAAUUUUUGGAUAACAAUAAGCACAAUCUGUCAACUUUAAAAAAAAUAUAAACGUAAUUGAAAUUAACUUAGCUUCUUAUUAGAAUACUAAUUUGAUCUCUCUUGAAUAAGCUAUUGAGGUUUUGAGGCAUAGUAACUUCAAAUUAUUUAAAGAGAUAAAAGAAGGCCUUUAUUAAUAUGAAGUCUUUUAAAACUACAUAAAUAGUUGUAUUUCACAAAUAUAAAUAGACAAAUAAUUGUUAAAUUGGCUUGAUGAAGAAAAGAUGAAAUUUGUUUAAUCUUGUGAUGAAUAUAUGAAUAGUUAUAGUUAAUAAAAUGAAGGACAUAUGUUUUAAUAUGCAAUAGGAGUUCUAAAUUUUGAGAAAAAAGAUAUAGAAUGUUUAAAAGUUGGCUAUUCAAAUGCUUUCUUAGAUUUGAUAGGUAUAGAUUUACAAAAUUUUAGCUAAAUGAUGCUGAGAAAUUAGCAGAUAGAUUUAGUUUAGGAUAAGGAAGAAUUAAUGAUAUAAUCUAUCAAAAGCCUCUUUUCUAAUUAUUGUAGUUAAAAUCAAAAAAGUUUUUCGUCUUUUUAUAUAAAUACUUUCGAUGGAUUCACCAUAAAAUUAAAUUAAGUUAAAAAGUUUACAAAACCAAAUUAUAAAACUAAAAAUGUAUCUUCCUUUCUUUAUGAAUACAUUUUCUAUAUCAUAGAAUUUGAUGUUGAUAUUGAAGAUCUAAAAAACCUUAUAUAAUUCAGACAGAGGCUAUUAAAAAAUACAAAUAGCUAUAGUUUCGAUGAUUUUAUAAGAAAAGAAUUGUCUUUUCUUUUUGAAAGCGUAGAAUAUUCUGUGUAUUCUCAACAAUUUAUAGAAAAAUAUUACUUUAAAAAUAUACAAAAUUUGCGGCUAAUCGAAAAAUAAAAACAAAUCAAAAAAUCUAAGCAAUGUGGAAUUAAAUAUCUCCGCAAAAAUCUUUCAAAAAACAUUUAUGCAUGA